GAGGUAACAGGAAGCUGCCCGCUCCGCGCUUUAUCUGAAAUCUGAGGCCAAGCCGGCUUGAGCUGCUCUACCACUCUUGUUCUCAGAAGCUACCUGCCCACAACGCAAGAAUUGGUCUAAUGGAGCAAAGGCAGUCAGCACAGCUCGGUACGGCAAGGCAACAAUGCGACCAGAGUGCAUACAGCACGGAUCGCACUGGAAAUUUGACACAGCACCAGAGAACACACACAGGAGAGAAACCCUUCAAGUGCACUGUGUGUGGGAAGGCAUUUCCACUGUCAUCUGUUCUUAAAAAAACACCAGAGAACACACACGGGAGAGAAACCCUUCAAGUGCAGUGUGUGUAGCAUGGCAUUUUCACAGUCGUAUCAUCUUGAAAAUCACAAGAGAACACACACAGGAGAGAAACCCUUCAGGUGCUUUCUGUGCGGGAAAACGUUUGCAAAGUCACAAACUCUUCAAAGACACCAGAGAACACACACGGGAGAGAAACCCUUCAAGUGCAGUGUGUGUGGGAAGGCAUUUUCACAGUCACAUAAUAUUGUAAUACACCAGAGAACACACACUGGAGUGAAACCUUUCAGGUGCACGAUUUGCGGGAAGGCGUUUGCACAAGCAUCCGUUGUUCAGGCCCACCAGAGAACACACACAGGAGAGAAACCCUUCAAGUGCACUGUGUGUGGGAAGGCAUUUUGUCAGUCAUCUACUCUUAAAAAUCAUCAGAGAACACACACAGGAGAGAAACUCUUCAAGUGCACUGUGUGUAGCAAGGCAUUUUCACAGUCAUCUGCUCUUAAAAAUCACAAGAGAACACACACGGGAGAGAAACCCUUCAGGUGCUUUCUUUGCGGUAAGGCGUUUACACGGUCAGAACAUCUUCAAAGACACGAGAGAACGCACACGGGAGAGAAACACUUCAAGUGCCGUGUGUGUGGGAAAGCGUUUGUACAUUCAACUACUCUUGUAAGACACCAGAGAACACACACAGGAGAGAAACCCUUCAGGUGCACUUGGCGGGAAGGCGUUUGCACGGUCAUCAAAUCUUCAUGUACACCAGAGAACACACAAGCAUCAGAAGAUCUGCAAGGAGUGGAGUCUGAAAUCAGCUUGUGAAAGUCAAAGUGCCGCAAUGAGCCCAUCCCUCAUCAAACAAUAACUGGAGGAAAAUCCCAGCUUGGACACUUAAAGGUAUCGAGGUGAAAUGUGAAGAGGUGAUGGUGAAGAGCAAAGAAGUGAUGGUGAAGAGUGAAGAAGUGAUGGUAAAAUGUGAAGAUGAAGAUUAUACUGCAAAAUGGGACCUUCACAUUGAUGGAGGCAACGUGAAGCAGGAGGGGAAUUCUGACUGUGAGGCAGAGUGAGGCAACUCCCAGCAGUUUGUGGAGGUGGAGGUGUGGAUGAACUUCUUAGAAAACACAAAGUCAAAGGGAGACCCGGUAGAUGUGUCAGCUUGAGACGUCGCUCCAAUAGAUGCUCCUUUGUCACGGGCCUUUAAUGAAAAUAAUGUGAAGUUGAACACUCAGUUCCUGGGUUCAACCUGCAGAGUAAGAGUGAGCGGCCAGUCUUUGUGUUCCCUGUGGGUUGGGUAGAUCCCUGUGUUACGAUCUAAACUUCCUGAUCUACUAUUAUUUUUGCUACUGACAUGACUUUACUGAAAGAACCAAAGAGUGUGUGAACAAGAGCCUGUCAGUAGGGGGCGAUGAUGUUUCAUCUCAGUUGUGUAAUUUGUCGGUAAUGUUGAGAAUUUGCUACAUUUUGACUCGAGACGCAAGCAUGCAAUGGCCUACUCGUUUUGAAUGACACAAUAGUAUGUUUUACAUCCACUGUUAAGCAGACGGUGCAUAAUUAUUUGAAAUAGCUUAACCUGGUGCAGUAUAUUUCACUGCAGUAAUUACAUUUUGUUAAAAUGGAAAAUGUCUGUCAAUAAUUUAGAAUGAACACUGAUUUUGUGUACAUGCAACAUUUUAUUUAUAAGGGUCAAACAUUGAAUAAGUGAUGUUAGGACAAAGUUUGUGUUUUUGGAAGUAACCUGUACAGAUCACUCAGGUGAGACCCGUUGUUCUUGUGAUACAGGUCAAAGGGUAGUAUCCACACA